AAAUACUGAGUCACUGGUCUUCAUAACCAUCAGUUCAUCUGUGUACACAGUCAUCGAAUAAUUCAACUAAACAACCAAAAUAAAACAACAAUAAAAUGGCCGCUAAAUUGAUCAUCUUCACCGUUUGCGUGGCUUCUGCUCUCGCCCAAUACUCUGCCAUACCCGCUUACAAACCAACAUACGCCAUUCCCGCAUACUCGGCGCCAAGGGCCUACGCUCCAGAGCCCGCAUACGCCCCAGCCCCAUACACCUUCGAAUACAGCGUAAACGACCCAUCCACCUACGAUGUCAAGAGCCAAUCCGAAUACGCUGACGGCAACGGUAACAUCAAAGGAACUUACAGCCUUUUGGAAGCCGACGGUUCCACCCGCGUCGUCGAAUACACCGCCAACGACCAAAGUGGUUUCAACGCCGUYGUCAAGAAAAUCGACGGAGCAUACAAGACCCCGUACAGCGCACCCGCCUACAAGGCCGCCUACCCAGCUCCAGUAUUCUCAACACCAGCUUACAAGCCAAUCCCGUACAAGGCAUACUAACAACUUCUUCGUCAUUCACUACACUAAAUGGUCGUGCAGACAGUCAUAACAAAUCAUCAUAUUGCAUGUCCAUCAGCUAAAUUUAAUGUCAUCGAUGUAUUUAUUUUAUAAAUAAAUAACGAAUCAAAGUAAUA